GCACCAUGGGAUCUGGGGAAGGGAGAAGUCAUCCGGUGCUUCGGGGGGCCUAUGAGUGCAGUCUUGCAAGCACUGGCUGGACUGCCUGGGGGUCUUCCGCUGGUGCGGAGCAGCGUCUUGGUGACUGCAUGGUGGCUAGGUGGCCCCGGAGCUCAGCAAGUUUGCAGCUGGCACCGCGCCCCCCAACCUGGAACAGACACUUGUGGAAAAUCCUGGCACUGGGGCUUUCGCGGCAGAGCGGUAGCCCUUGGCCCAACCGAUGGGGUCGCCCUCCCACCGUUAAGAGGUGGGGGCAUGCAGAAAAACAGGAGCUUCUCUGGUCCCUUAGCCUGCUUUCCUUUCAGGCUCACAGCCUCCUCUGUGCAGGCGGCGAGUAUUUCCCUUUCACCGCACCGACCCCGCAGUGAAGGCGCACCGGCUGCAGCAGCGCCUGCCUGCGUCUCCAGGGCGAAAUCGCCAAGCGACCGGGAGGAUGAGAGGGUGGCGGAGAAACUGAAGGGGGGCAGCCUGGGGCUCCAGACUCCUUUGUAUCUGCUCAGAGAGCAGUUUGCAAAACCCGUUAGACAGAAGGCAUCCCCAUCAGCUACAGAUGCCGCGAAAGGAGACGCGGCUCGGCGGCGGGUACCAGGUGCUGCCGUGUGGGAAACUGGCUACUGCUUGUCCGUUUCUCUUCUGCUUGCGCAGGCACCGGUCCUGUUAGAUGGAUAUCGAAGCUUUUUUUUUUCCUUCUACUUCAAGUGCCCUCUAGCGAGCAAUAUCUGCGCAGGUUGCAAUGUAGAAAGAAGCAGAAGGAAGAAAGAAAAAAAGCAAUCCACCAAUUGUCCUCAUUCCUGAACUGCUCCACUCUCCCUCUUUCUUUCCUCAGCAGGGUCAUUUCCACACAAGUGUUUGGCAAAACAAAAAAGGUGUUGUUGCUUUUGCAUGCAAAACAAAUCACUCAUUUACUAAACUGUAAAGCGAACGUUAAUCCUUUCUCAGGGGUUUCUUUUGAGCAUUCAUCAUGAUUUUCCCCCAAGUUUCAUGCGCUGUGGUAAUCAGGCAAAUAAAAGAAGGUAAGUUGCUCCCCAGGAAGAAAUUCUGUUUUGUUCCCACUUCCACCUCAGACCAGCUAUAAGGCCUUUGAUGCAAAUUGAUUAACCUCUCCAUGGGCUUGGAGUUUGUGUCUCCAUAAAAGCGCAUAAUACUUCUUUCUUACCUCAGGGGGGUGGUAUGAGGCUUAAUUGAAGCUUAUAAAACAAUUUCAGUUCCUCAGCCCCAAUUUGAUAUACAGUUGGACUCACUUUUCAUCUACUAACAGGGUUUCAAAUUCUCCUCAGUAGUCUAUAGGGGAAUAUAAUCAAGAUUCUGUAUUUUCAUAAACGUGGCGUUAAAACCAUUGCCACUGUAAAUAGUGAAUUUGCUUAAGAGAUUUGGAAUGAUAAGGCCUGCAAAAAGUACUCAGAAAAGAAAAAUGUAGUGGUUCCUGCAAACAUGGCUGCCUAUAGUAAAUAUAGCUAAAGAGUGAGAAAGGAAUCUUACAUACAUACACUGGGCAUAUCUCCCUAUAUUUUAUGCAAAAUAAUAAUAACAGAAGGUAACUUUAUUCAGACAAACACUCCAUUAAAUAGUUACCCUAAGCACAGAAGAAAUGCCAAGGCAUUAUUCAAAUGACUGGAUUCCAGAUACCUGUUACACAACUUGGAGUUUCUUUUAUUGAUAUUAUUAUGCAGCAUUAUGUUUGGUCAGCAUCCUCUGACUUUAAUAUUUUAAAGGGCAAAUGCAGAGUAAGGCAAGCAACCAUAUAAUAUGCCCCAUUGGAUUGUUUACUCACAGCAUCUCUAAUUAUUGAAACUCUGUGGAGAGUAGUCAUUAUUUUCAUCCUUCCAUACUUCAAUGUACCACAAAAUUAAGGAUCAGGAAAUUUAAGUGAUUUCUUCCCAGAUCCCACAAUUAAUAAGACUACAAUUUAUAUUUAAAAUGUCUGACAGUAAGGCUGAAAAUAUGGCUCAGUGUUGAAGAAUGUGCAUUGCUCUAACAGACCUGAGUUCGGUUCCAAACACUCACCUUGGGCCUAUAACUCCAGCUCUGGUGGACCCACCCAUCUAGUGUCUAAGGGCACCUGCACUCACAUCCACGUAAUCAUUCACAAUCACACACGCAUGUAACAACAAAUAAAAAAAAAAGUAUAAAUCAAGAUGGAUGCUGCCUGAUGCUACUUCUCAAUAUUAAAAUUGCACUAAUGUGAGAUUAUAAUAAUCUACUUUUUAUGUGUGUGCCAUACAGGAACUCAAAUCUAUCUUCUCCUUAAAGUUGGAUAUGCAUUCUAUCACAGAGGGAUACUUUCAGCCCCUUAUAAACUACUUUUAAUUCAAGUUUUAUCACGAUGUACAAAGGACUCAUCAGUUGAAAUUAAAAAGAAGCUAAUGUUUACAUUUGCAAACACUAUCACAACACCUAGUGGUAAAUUGGUCUACAAUAUAUACCCCAGAAUCCACAGGUACUAAGUUAAACCAAACCUUUCAAAGAUAAUUUAUAUCUCUUAAAAACAACUAGGCAAAGGGGGUUGGGGAUUUAUGUAAGUAGUAGAGCGCUUGCCUAGCAAGCACAAGGCCCUGGGUUCAGUCCUCAGCUCCGGGGGAGAGGGGGAGGGGAGUUAGGCGAAGUGAUUCUGAUUCAGCAUAAUAAAUAUACUCAUAUACUCGUGGAUGUUGUUUGGGAAUAAUAGAAUGAAAACACAUUCAAAGUCGUGUUUAAUUGCUCAGUUUUGUUAUUUAAGAUUAUCACAGUUCUAUUACUACAAUUAACCUUUGUAUAGUACUUUAUAUCAGUCUAAACACACUGACUUUCCUAUGUGAUCUUUGCAACAAUUGUGUGAGAAGAGCAGGUCUGUUAUUACACAAGCUUCUCAGUAACAGGCUUUUAGAGACAGAAGAGUCUUUACAGCAUGUCUUCAUUUUAUAGUAAUGGAAUUGGGAUGUCCUAUGACUUAGUUAGAUGUCACAGAAAGGGACUGAUGCUUGCAACAAAAAGUAAGGUAUUUGAGGCCCUUUAAAAGUAUUGUUUCAUCUUUUGGAAUAGCAUGAUUAUCUCCUUAAUUUUGACUAGCUAAUUAACUGGUUUGAUAUCUUCUCUGGGCCUCACUUGUCUCUGUGUGUAUAAGAAUGUUUCACUCAUAGGAUGUUGAAAGAGUACUAUCUAGUUAUGGAUGCAUGUAGUCAUCCUCUCUUAUGUGACCCUGUAAUAUCCCCACUACUUGAGAAGAACAGACAGCCAGAGAAUAGAUCAUUUCCUACAUCCGUAGAGUGUAUUCUGUCCUAAUUGUAUGAUUUUCUUUUUGUCUCCUGGCCAGACAAAACAUUCUGCCAGCUCUCCAUCACCCUUCAAAUGGUACCUCCCACUGUUCUGCAGCACAUUCUGAGCUCCAGGCAAACCACCCUCCUUGCAUCUUUUUCUAAAUUGUCAUUUUCUAAAUAGUUUAUACCUUGUUCAUGCAACAAUAUUUCUCGGAGGAAAAAAUUAGUCUUUCUUGGGAUUUACAAAUAGUUCAGUGGUUUAAUAUUUACCUCCCAGUGUGAAUGAGGUUCUCAGUUCACUCCCAAGUUCUUCCACCACCAAAAAGGAAAAAGAAAGAAAGAAAGAAAGAAAGAAAGAAAGAAAAAAGGCAGGCUUUUUUAUUCUAUCUGCCCUUCUCCUAUCUAAAUAAUUAUAAAACUAAAAUCAACUAAUGUUAGAAGCAAGUUAUUUCAGUCUUGAAAUCUGAUAAUGAAACAUGGUUUAGUAUUUCUUAUUUAAUGACCUAAAGGAGAAAUAACGUGAUUUUUCAUAAGGCAUACACGAGAUAAAGGAAGAUUUUAUAGAAGGAGAAAUCUGCCACCAUCCAAUGAAAUGGCCUCCAGUAUAAGCUGUAAGUCAGGAAAGCACCAGAGCUUAGAGACAAGGAAAAAGAUUGGCCAUCCAUAUUCAUGCCUGGGUACAGAACUUUUGGCAGGAUGCUCUUGAACAGGCCAGAACUUAAGAGGUAAAGUGCUGUGCCAACCGUGGGUCAGCUUCAUACCAGAUGACCUCUGCUGAGGCUGCUUUAUUCAUCUAAUUCCCUGGAAGCCAUAGGCUCUCAAGAUCAAACUCUGAAUAGCCUUGUAGAUAGAAAGGCCUUAAGGGAAGAAAUCUGGGUAGAAUUCAUCAAUCAAGGCUGAGGAGGACGGUACGGCUUUUCCCAGAUCUUGACUGAGGCUUUAAUUUAUAAAAUGAGCAACUUUAUUUUCUUUGACAUUAAUUAUUUAUCUACUUGAAUAUGCAUUAUUGUGUUGCUGAUUAAUAUUGAGGGUCUCACUCCUAACACCUACAUCAGAGUCACUCCUUGGAGUUGCCCUUAGGUUUGGCUCUACAUGCUGAGACUAAUGGAGAUCAACUGAUUGAACAGACCCUGAACAUAAAGAUAUGACAUUCUCUCUCAAAUAAAUAAUACUCAUGCUGUAUUUCCAUAUCCAUCUCUCUUGUGGUUUGGAGUAAAAUGUGCUACAUGUAGUCUAUGUGCUAGAGGACUGGAAGCCAGUAACAUCAUUGAAAGAUUUAGCAUCUUUAGGAUGUGGCUUUGAUGGGAGCAAAGAGGCAAAUCCUUGUAGUCUAUAUUAGAGCCCUGGCCCUUCUUCAUUUCUACUUCCCAGCCUCCAGAGGGCAGUAUAACCUCCUCACUAUUUUACUGCCUCACCACAGACCAGAAGACAACAAUGCAAACUUUCAGGUGAAAUUUCUAAAACCAAGAGCCAAAAACCAAUCUUUUCUCCCUAUAAUCUGUCAAGUAUUUUCUCACCGAAACACAAAGUUAACUAACACAACCACAAAUAUAAUGUUGCCGUGUGACAUUGACAUGUGAAAAAAAAAUCUGCUUGGGGAUUGCACAAAUGGAAGAUCCAUCAAAUGAUUCCACCCUCGUAUAGCUCAGAGAACCAAGAAGUUUACUGGGUUACUUGCAGAAGCAUGGAUAAGUGCUUACUUGCAACAGCAUGGGUGACUCAAAGGUAUCUGCAUCAACGAGAAACCUAGUGUAUUGGUCAACUCAUGAAAGCUGCACUAUUAGGACUUCAGACAUCAUUUGUAGGCAGCUCAGCUGUGUAGUCUCUGUCUUUUUCUUCUCAGCAAUUAUGUACUGCUUUUAUAAUGUCGCUUUAUUUUUUUUUUCAGUUUUAGGAGCCUCCCUCCCCACUCUAAGGGGGGUGGAAACGUUUCACGUUACUGGUACUAGCUACACAAUAGAAGUGUGUUCUCAGUCUUUACUCAUCUGCCCACUUACAUGCUCCUGUCACUAUUUACUAUCUAGUGUGGGGCUUCAUAUACUGUCCUGUUAUGUAUGCUUCUUUGUCUGCUGUCAUUACUUGAUUGAUUCUGAACUCCUUGAAUAGUAUGACUAAGAGUGGCUGGAAAGAAGUUGUGUCUAAUUUCAAUGAUGUUAAGAGUUUUGAAUCCUGCAUGUCCAGAUCUAUGUUAUCUUGGGGCAUCUUAAGCCCACUUAAUAUACAUUCACUGGACUCCUGCACAUAUGUUCAUUUUUUGUGCCUAUUAGAUAAUCCUUUAGACUUUGUGAACAGACCCCUAGUAUUUGCCAACCAAAGAGCUAAGUAAGAAUGCUAUAAGACAGCAUCCAAGGCUUAGAGCAGAGUAUUUCCUGCUUUGCUGUAAUUUACCUGCCUAAUAUACAUACCAACAUGUUUGAAAACUGUGUUAUAUUAUAACUUUCUUUAUUCUAUUACUAUAAAAUCUCAUGAAACUGCUACCUCAGUGAAACAUGUUCACUCAUACAUGGCUCAUUUUAUCCCUUUGAGGUGAGAGCUGUUUCUUUCUUGGACAGCAAGGAGGAGUCUAUUAUUCGUAUCUGCAAUUUCUAAACUUAGCUUAAAGCCCAAUCUAUAGUCCAUGUUUAGCGAUCAUAUUAUUUAAGGUGAUCAAUAAGUGAAUAUGGCUGCAGAAGUAACUAUGGUAUUAUUUUCAGCAGCUAACUAGACAUAGACCCAGAUUUGGACUUAGAAAAUCAGAUGGUCCAACAGAUCGGAGUAGGGAACUCAAGGAGAUAACAGAUUUCACUGGGAAGAGAGAGAGAAAAUCAUGGUUAAAACAAAGCAAACCCAGGAAACUCAAUCUCCUUGGACAAAAAUAAAACAGUCAAGAAAGCAGAACUAAAGGCUGAAUAAUCAAAAUGAUAUAAAGCUAUGUCUGACUGACACAAUUAGUGUGAACAUAGGAAGACAGGUUAGAUCCCUAAUGGUGAUGCAUGAUCACAAUAAGUACCACUCAUAGCAAUCAUAAUAACAAUGGCAAUGAGUAUUAAUGAAUAUAUACCUCUGCCUCUUAGCAGCUCAUAAUUUAAUACCUGAGUGUUUAUAAAGCGAUGUCCCUUUCAGGAAGCAAGUGACCCCCCAUCAAGCCAACUUUACUGUUCCCAUUACUAUUAUACCCUCCGACAUGCCACUCCAUCCCCAAAGACAAAGCUUUAAAAUAGAUUCCCACUAUCCAGAGCUGAGAUUUUCCUUUAAGAGCAGAAAACAUAUUUUGGCUAUUUGUCUCUGAAUCCCCAGGAGCACAGAAGAAAUGCUCAAUAAAUUUUUAUUGAUUUAUUAUCUUAUAUUUCCCCACAGUGAGCUGCAAGAUAAAUAGGUCUGUACCCCCAUUUUUUAGGUGAGGAAACCAGAGACACCUGGUCAGAGUAGAAAUUGGCUAACAUAUUUCCAUUAUUUUAACACCUUAGUUUCUGCUGUAGUGCUUGUCUCCUGCCCAAAGAGACCAAGACUGACAAGGUCGCA